AUGGUGUCGUUUGUUACCAGCGUUGUAGAGAUCGUUGUUCUCUCAUUACUGGAAGAAGUUGCCCAAUUCUGGGGGGAUUGGGGUGUAGGACAGGUUGAGAAACGUAAUCGUUAUGGAGGACCGCAUCAAUGCAUACGAAUAAGAUGUGCCGUGUUUCGUUGUUUGACAAAUGGUGCUUGUGAUGUAAUGAAGGACCGCAAGUAUGCCUCAUUAAUUAAGGCUCUUAAUGUGCCGUUGAGUGUUGUUCCGGAAUGUGCGCUGGAGCUGAAGCCUCAUGUCGGUAUGAAAUUCCAAUCUUUGGAAUUCGCUUUCACUUUUUACGAGGUAUACGCCCACGCAGUUGGCUUUGAUACGCGCAAACAAGCGAUGAGGAAGGCGGAUGAUGAGUUUAACGAGGUUCAUAACCAUGAUAUGGUUGAGUCGGAUCAUCAUCACUUCAUGUCCAGUAGUCGCAAGCUGGAUGAUGUACAUCAUAAAUUCAUCCUCGACUGUUCCAAGGCUAAUAUAGGCCCCACAGUUACAUUUAAGGUGUUGAAGGAAAUUCUCGGUGGGUUUGACCUAGUUGGUUGCACUGCUGGGGAUAUCAGGAAUGCUUCGCGGGACAUCAAAGCAUAUGCACAUGGAUUUGACGUACAAAUGGUUUUGGAUGAUAUGCUUAUGGCUAAGAAGAAGGAGAUGUCCGAGGCGUUUACCUAUCACUACGACGUUAAAGCUUCUGACCAGUUGGUUGCUCUAUUUUGGUGCGACGGUUUGAUGAAGAGGAAUUACCACAUGUUUGGUGACAUUGUGUCCUUUGACUCCACGUACAACACAAACAGGUACUGUAUGAUAUUCACUCAUUUCACUGGAAAGGAUAAUCAUUGUAAACCUAUGACCUUCGCUGCCGGAUUAGUUUGCAGCGAGAAAACAUGGGCUUUUGCUUGGUGGUUCAGACAUUUCGUUGAAUGUAUGGGUGUAGCACCCAAGAUGAUUGUGACCGAUCAGGAUUUGGGCAUGAGAUCAGCUAUUGAAGAGGUUCUAGUUGGGACUCGGCACCGUUGGUGUAUGUGGCAUAUAAUACAUAAGUUGGCUAGCAAGGUACCAAACUGGUUGCUGAGGGACGACGAGUUCAAAAAGGAAUUCAAUGCUUGUGUGUGGUCGGAACUGGUUGAGUCGGACGAAUUUGAGGAGGAGUGGAAUAGAUUCGUCGAACAACAUCAACUAGAGGACAUCGACUGGUUCAACACGUUGUAUGCGUACAGGCAAUUCUGGAUACCGGCGUACUUCAGGGAUUUUCCUAUGGGUUCGAUGAUUAGGACUACGUCAUUAUCCGAAUCAGAGAACAGUUUUUACAAAAAUUUUCUGAAGCCAAGAGCUAACAUUGCUGAAUUCUACCUGAAUUUCAACCACGCCAUUGAAUUCCAGCGGAACAGUCGGACGACGUUGGACUACCACGAUGCCACUGCCAUACCCAUACUAGCCACUACUCUGCCAUUCGAGAAACAUGCUUCUACGUUGUAUACCGAUAGUAUUUUCAAGAAAAUACAAGAAGAAAUUGUGAAGGGUAAUGACAGAUGUCGUGUGCUUGGAUUUUCAUCCAGAGAAACGGUUGACACCUACAAGCUUGGUGACAGCAAGCGCAAUGCAUAUGUUGUCCGUCAUGAGAAGACUGAUGAUACUUACUCAUGCGAAUGCAAACUAUUUGGUCGGCACGGUUACUUGUGCAGCCAUAUAUUUUUCCUGUUUCGGAACAACGAGGUGAAAAAGAUCCAUGAUAAAUACUAUGAAAGUCGAUGGAUGAAGACUCCCUUAGCCAAGGUUGUGCAUGGGGAGUUUCACGAUCUCAUGCCUACCCAUUCCUCCGGAGAAGAUAGGCAAACUGUGUCUAAGCAGGCGAUUUCGAUGUUUUAUGGGUUUCUUAGAAGCUUUGAGACAGACAUUGAAGUGCUACGUGCAUUCGUUGGGGGCGUCGAAUAA